UGAUCGGCCCCGGGCGGCUGUGCAGAGGGGUGAGCGCGGCCCGCUGACCAGAGCGCGGGGCCAUCGCUCGGCACCUCCUCCCUCUCCCGCGCCGCCUCCAGCGCGAGUGACAGCGCGUCCUCCGGGCUCAGGAGCGGCGGUGCCGCGCGAACAAUCCCGGGCAGGGCUCGACUCGCCGCUGGUGACAUCACUCCCAAAGAUACUCCCUGCUGUCGGUGCCUGCCUGGAGAGGCAUCUGUCCGUUUGUCUGUCUGCUGCUGGAGCGGGCUUAUCGUUGGCCGGGGACAAAGCCUGGGACCAAGGGGAGACAGGACCGGGAGAAGGAGGGAGAGCAAAGCCAGCGAGGGAAGAAGGACCCCGGCCGGCGACAGCAUGAAAUUCAGCGCAGCUCACUACUUGCUGCCUCUCCUGCCUGCGCUGGUCCUCAGCACCAGACAGGACUAUGAAGAGCUACAAAAGCAACUGAAAGAAGUCUUUAAGGAGCGAAGCACCAUCCUCCAUCAGCUGACAAAGACAUCAAGAGAACUUGAUGGAAUUAAAGUCAACCUUCUGUCUUUGAAAAAUGAAGAGAAAUCUGCCAAAACUGAUGUUCAGAAGCUUCUGGAAAUAGGUCAGAAACAAAGAGAACAAAUGAAGUCUCUCCAGGAGGCCCUGCAAAAUCAACUUAAAGAGACAUCUGAGAAAGCCGAAAAACAACAGGCUACUAUUAAUUUUUUAAAGACUGAAGUGGAAAGAAAGAGCAAAAUGAUCCGGGAUCUUCAGAAUGAGAAUAAAAGCUUGAAAAACAAACUCUUGUCAGGAAAUAAGCUGUGCGGCAUCCGUGCAGAAGAGUCAAAAAAAAUUCAAGCCCAGCUGAAGGAGCUUCGUUAUGGGAAGAAGGAUUUAUUAUUUAAGGCCCAACAGCUUACUGAUCUGGAACAAAAAUUAGCUGUGGCCAGAAAUGCGCUGGAGAAAGCAGCUCUUGAUCGGGAUUCACAACUGAAAGCACUGAAACAGACUGUGCAACUCUGCCUGUCAUCUGUUUUUCGUGAUCAACCACCCCCUUUGAGUCUAAUCAGGUCAAAUCCAACUCAGAUGUCAAUUCCACCCAGUCCCAUUGAUGUCAAGAUUCUAGAUGCAAGGACAAAAAGCAAGCCUGAACAAAGCACUCCUGGAAGCAGUGAGAACUCUCAAGUUGUUACAACAAAGGAAGAAAAUCUGAAUGCCCCUGAAUGCAAUUCUGAAAAUGAGGACAGGGCAUGUUUGAUGAAGCAUAAAGAAAAUCCCCCAAGCAAUGGCAGUGCAAAACCAGAGCCUAUCCCACAGAAAUUGCAAAUGUCUCCUUGUACUGAAUGUGAAGUCGAAAAAACCCAAGGAAAAAAAUUCACCAGCUUUGAAGGAAGGGUGACUAAAGAAGAAAAAAUACUGUAGAUGUCAAGAAACUGUGUUUAAAACAUUCAUUUGCUAUUGUCUUCACAUCCUUUUUAGACCAUAGUCUUGAUGGAAAUACUAAGUUCUUAAAUCAUGUAACUUUUUCACAAUUUUGUGUACUUUAUCAAGUAUUCUUCAAAUUGUCCAAAUGAUUCCAGGCCAAUUAUGAUCCUCAAGCAAUAACCUAAUUAAAACAGAUAUCUUCAGUCAAAAAUAGUCAUGGUCAUCAGUAAAUUGCCCAGUAUAAUUGGUCUCUUUUGAACUAAAAUGCAAUGUAAGUUCAUUCUUAUGAUUCAUUUGAAUAUCUAGUACAGUGAUGGAAAACUUAUGACAAGCAUGUCAGAGGUGACACACGAACUCAUUUUUUUUGGUUGAUUUUAUUUUGGUUAAAUGGCAUUUAAACAUAUAAAAUAAAUAUCAAAAAUAUAAAUCUUUAUUUUACUAUGGUUGCAAAUAUCAAAAAAUUUCUAUAUGUGACACGGCACCAGAGUUAAGUUAGGGUUUUUCAAAACGCUGACAUGCUGAGCUCAAAAGGUUCGCCAUCACUCAUCUAGUACUUCUGUGAUCUAAUAUGUAAAAUCUGCUGGAGGAUGAUAAAAUGUCUUCCAUCCGCAGCAUUCUUAGAGUCCAAAUUGCAAUCAUAUCAUAAAGAAUUUGGUCCCCACUGGCUAAUUGGAUUCACAUUCUUCAAGAUUGGAAUAUGAAUAUUUGUUUGAGAGGGUUUAUUGCUGUUCUUAUUAUGUUGAACCAUGGCUAACCAAUAUCAAGGCAGUUCUGUCAGGGAUUUAGUCAGUUAACAGAAUUCAUUAAGUGUAUUUGGUAUAAUGUAGAUAAAAUAUCUAAAUGAAGGACUAAAUUUCUGACACAACUGAUUAGAUUUUUUGGCAUUCUAUAGACACAUCCCUAUGGUUGUCUGCUGGAAUGACUCCAAGUUAGAAUCAAGUUAUUUGAAAUGCUUGGCAUAAUUUUUGAUAUGAAAUUUGUGUACUGAAAUGUGGGAUGGAGAGGGGGUUCCAAAAUACAAAUGUACAAGCAGAUGCUGAUGAUAUACAUUUAAAAAUGGGGAUUUGGUGGAAGUAAAAUAGCCAUAUGGAGCCAAUGAACCCAGAUUUGUAUAUCUUGGAAACAAAUGUAUUAAAACAAAAAAUGGCUGUGAUAAUCUUUGAAGUUGGAGCUCCAUAUAGGACUAUCAGUGAUCAAAUAAAUUCACUCCUGAAUAAUUUGAACAUAGUUCACAAGAAAGAGAAAUUGAUAAUUCAAUAAUUAUAUGACUGAUAGGAUGGAUAUAGCAUCAAACUUACAAACUCAAAUUAAUGGAUAAAAUGAUCAUUGUAGUUGGUCUGAGCCAAAUAUAUGUAGACCCAUUUGCAGAAAGCAUAUAAAAGUAUGGGAUUUAUACAGUGGAUAUGCCAAGCAUUCAUUGGGGCAUUGAAUCCUGACAGGCUGUGCUAGAAAUACUUAAUAAUAUACACAGAUUUCAUGAAAUCUUUAAUCAAUAGAUGAAAUUAAAUUCUGGUAUAAAAUGGCACACCUUUGAUCAGGAUGACAUAAUCAAAGAAAUGUAGUGAUUUGGAGAAAUGGCAAACUAUCAUUAACAGUAAAAGUAACAUUGUGGCUGUUGUAUUUACAGAAUAACUGUGUCAUUUAUCAGUAUUUUUCAGAUUGUAGGCUAAUUUUAAGAAAGAAAGAAUUAAUUUUAUAGAUGACCCAUAGAAUUUACAGGUAAGUGACCAUAAUAGAGAGAAGAUCAAAGUCCAAAGUUUCUGUUGACUUCUUGCUCUAAAAAAUUUGAUUAUAUGAGCAGGAAUAUGGCUCAUUUCUCGAGUCCUGUUCCUUAUAAUUUUUCCACUGUAACCAUAAACCCUAACCAUCUUCAAAGUCUUAUGAAAGGGAAGUAGAUAAGUUAGUUUUAAUUUAGGUCCACUUUCCUACCCCGACCUUGUGCCUCAACUUCACUCCUACACUCUAUGGAUCCUAUGAAAGUUAAUCACCCAUUUCACCUUAGCACAGUAUGUUAUAAGGCAUCCUUGGAACUAAUAAAAAGAAAAUCAGGCUGAUAUUUUCUGAAAUUUUAUAGCAUAUAUGCUAAAAAAUGAGAAUUUGGCAUAAUAUUAAUCAAAUUUGAAUGGCUUAUUUGUAAUUUUUUUCUAUGCUAUAAAUUCCUAUCCUAGUAUUGAUAAUAAAAAUCAAGUUGCUUCUCUUAAUUAUUGUUAUGAUCAAGUGGGCUUUGAAUGAAUAUAAUGUAUAUACUUUUUCUUUAAUGAUAGAUAGUAUUCUAUGUUCUGCAGACUUUACUGUGGUAUAUUCAUUGCAUUAUUUGUUUCAAAACAAAAGGAAUUUAUAGCAGAAGAGCUUUAUAAAUAUUUUUAAGAAAUAUUUUGAGAGUUCCUUUUGAUAGUUAAGUACAUAAUACCUUUAUUAGUAUGCUCUGUGAAUGUAAUGAAUGCAUUUUAUUUCUCUCAAUCCUUUAAUUACUUUAAAAUAGCAUCAGAGAGGUUUAAAAUGCUUUACUUACAUGUGUGGCUUUUGUCUAUAAAAGAGGGGCCAUUUCUUAUUAUGUCUUUUAAUUACUAGUAAUAGCUCUAUAAAUAGAUGAUUGUUUUUUGAGGAGUUAACAUUAGCCUAACUAUCCUCAUAUGGAAGAAAACAUUAACCUGAAUGUUGAAUAUAUAUAGUAUGAAUUCUAUUAUGUACCUGUAAUGGUAAGCAGUGAAAGAUUUCUUAUGUUUUGCAGACUACGAACUGAUUUCUAUUGAGAAACAUACUUACUGAUGGACUAACUUAAUAUAUGGGUUACCAGAACUACAACAACUUAUUUCUCUCUAGUUAUUUUAAAGUAUUAAUCUGCUAUAUAUUCAUUCUAAGUUAUGAAUUUGUUUUGGAUUUUGUAUUUUCUCUUAUAUCCAACUACGUGAAUUGGAGUAGUGCCUCAAGUGUAUCAGAAUAAAUGCUGACUGUGUCUAUCCAAUGCCAACAUUUUCAGAUGAAAAGUAAAAGAUUCAGUAACUCAUCUGGAUGUGACUUCCUGUGUGAUCCUAAAUCUCUGAAUGCUGAAUAUAUUAGAUGGCUAACUAUUGAUUUUCAUUCCUUAAUCACCUAUUUAGCAUUGCAGUGCUAUUUCAGACAUAAUCCUGUUUCAUAAAAUAUACUGGAUUACAAGUCUAAGACAGUUCUAGUUCUAUGUGAAAGAGACAUUGGCUGUUUUAGAUGACAAUGUGGAUAGGUGGAUUAAAACAGUAUCUGUGAACUUUUAAUAGUGGAAUCUUUUAUUUUUAUAGCUCGGUACUGUAAUUAGCACUAAUUGCAGCAGAGGCUGAAAUAUUAUCAACACAUAGAGUAGGGUGAGCUGGCCAGACUUAGAGAGUGAUGAAAACAUAUACUUGUUUACUUAGGGAACAUUUUCUGUCAUGUGUAAAGUCUUAAACUUUCCCGAAUUAUUUGUUCAUCUGGAUUAUGUACCAUAGUGUUAAUGUCCAAGUGAUGAAGGAUAAAAGGUACUGAAAGAUGGCCUAUUUUUCCUCAAUAAAGAUUUAUUUCCAAAACUACAA